AUGAAGCAAUUAAUCCGCCGCCUCUCCCGCGUCGCCGACUCCUCCACCUACAGCCUCCUCCGCUCCGACUCCCACCACAAGCGCCGCUGGCAGAGCCGAAUCAUUUCGGUCCCUAGAGAAGGCGGCGAGGAGAUCCAGCCCACGGGAGUACGGAUACGAGCAGCAAGGCGGGCUCCGGAUCCCCUGCCACGUCCUCGUCUUCGAGCGGGUCAUGGAGGCUAUUCGCCUCGGCCUCGAGUCUCACGACCUCCUCAGCUCGACAGCUCCUCCUCCACCGCCGUCUCCAUCGGCUACUUAUGA